AUGAAAAGAAAAGCUUCCACCUUAAUUGCAGAGAACAAACGAAAGAAAAUCAAUGACCGACAUUCCAAUGAAACUUCAGAAAAGUCUAACAAACAAAAAGAAUAUUGUAAGAAAAAAGUCAUAGAGAAUGUGCAAAUGGCUGUCUCCCUUAAUAUUGUUUCCAAAUUUUACAAUAUUAACGAAAAGACUUUGAAAAGACCGUCCAAAAGGAAACUUAACGAUAUUGUAAAUAACCAUAACAUUGCAAACUUGGAGGAUAUCAAAAAAGUUCAAUUUCCUGCUCAUUUUUCAAUCAACAAUAGCAAGCUGGCAAACAUAUUCAAAUAUACCUUGUAUGGCUUUGGUAUCACAUUGAACAACAGUCAAACUAAUCCUUUAUUCGAAGAAAAAAAGAAAACAAUAGAAAAUAUUCAAGCAUUAUUGCUUGGAUAUCUUCAAAAUCCUGAUAUUUCGACCCUAAUUUAUGAGUUAAGGAAAGAAGGGCUAAAAUUGGACAAGAAAUACGAAAAUAUAGAAUAUCAAAUUGAUGCAACCAAUAAUGUGUCAUCCUAUAAUCUUCGAUUGAAAACAAUAGACAAUUUAAUAUUCAGCUCAAUAAUCCCUCCAUUUCGUAAUUCAAUGGAGGAGAGUGAAAUGGAACUUACCAGAUUAUAUUUUGCUCCAAUAAUGGGAUUUACCUCUAUUUUUUCUGGCUGUUCAGGAGGAUCAAAUUCUAGCAUUCAAGAUUUUGUUGGCAGUUUGGAUGGCAAUCUUCAGGCCAGCAUUCCCGACUUUAGACCUGACGAUAUUACCAUUGUUACUUUUAAAAAUAGUUACAAAUGCAUUAGGGUUAUCAGAGAAGAUUCGCCGGAUAUUUAUCAAAGUCACACCAGCCACAAGGACUUUAUAGCUCUCAUUUCUCAGAUGAAGAUUGCCCUCUCUCAUGCCAUGAGGCAGCUUAUCAAGAAAGAUAUUGAGGAAUGGCACAAUCAAGUAUUAGUUCUAGGUAUCACAACAGACAGACAGGCAUCUCAUUUGUAUUCUUUGCACUGCUCAUCAAUCAGCUUGAAUGGUAAAUCCAUAACUCUUUCAAAUUUUACUCUUUCAUUCAUUGGAUCCUAUAAGCACGAAGUUGUUAUGGAUCGAAUUCAUCUCAUUGCUAGAAUUAUGACAGCUCUCAUUUAUCCAAAUAAUGAAGAGGUUACCGAAUAUUUAACUACACAACGCCAAAUAAGUAUGAUGUCAUCCAACCAAAAGAAUGAAAUUUCAUUUCCUAAAUUAGAUGCAGACAAUCAAUUGAUAGAAUACGACAAAAAUUUUGACCCAAUCCAAACCCGCUCAACUCUCAAAAAGGGGAAAAUUAAUGGCGUUGAGUAUUUUAUUAAAUACCAACCAAAUAUUAACAUUAAUGAGGAUUCUAUAAGAUAUAACUUCCUAACUCUGUAUGCUCCAAUGAUUGAUGGGAAUUUUUCACUUUCAUUAGCUGGUAAAUGUAUGACUAGGUUCUUUAAUAAGGGAAAGAAGAUUAAUAUUAUGGCUUUUUUCAUUGAUUUGCUUGUUCAGCUCUGUUUCUUACAAAAACACCAAAUUACACAUAAUGAUAUCAAACCAGAAAAUAUUGUGUUGUAUGAUAAGCAUUGGUUUUUGAUAGAUUUUGAAAUAGCAACGAAAUUUUCUCUUGAAGAUGGAAUAUGUGUAGAUAAGAACUUGAAUCCACUGACAUCAAAGAAUUUUUCAGAAGGAUACAGAUCUCCUGAGAGAGUUGAGAAAAAUUUAAUUUCCCCAAAGAGCGAUAUUUAUUCAUUGGGAAUGGUUCUGUUAGAAAUUAUUCAUGAGGAGAGGUUGGAAUUUUUAGAAGAUGAAGAGACUGUUGAAGGUUAUUUGGAAGAUGUGGACCUUUCAAAUGAUGAAAGUAUCAUUCUUUCCAUUAUCAAAAAAAAGAUACUGGUCAAGUCUAUGGAUAAGAGAAUGGAUGCUUUUAGUUUACUCGAUCUUUUAUUUAUUCCUUCAGAGAAUAAUGCUACUCCACAGCUUGUUCAUUUAAAGCAAAAGGCAAAAAUUGUUAAAACAUACUUUCAAGAUAAGGACUACUUUUUGAGGAAGAACACUCCAAAACAUAAAGAUAGUGUCAUUAGAACCCUAGCCUUUUGA